AUCUUCGAAAUAUUGGGCGUUCGUUAUCGUCUUUUGACCGCGUGGAAUGCUUCCGUACAUGCGGCGAACGAAGACCGUUCCGAUUACAACGAAACGUCAUAGAAUGAGGAACCGGUUACAGUGUAAGAAGCGACCUCGCAGUUUGGAAUUUCAUGGUAACCGCACGCAGUCUUGCUUGGACUGUGGCUUUGUGAACGUCAAGAACUGUUUGUUCUCCUUUCACGUCUCGUCUUCCGGAAGCAUUAUAGAAAAAUGGUGUGCGCCUGCUUCGUCACGAUCUUACUUGUUCUCUACAUGCUCUUUGACGUAAAUUAUUUCCUCAGGAUAUUGUUUACGUUAGGUUCGGGCAGGCUGUUACAGAAAAAAAAGAAGAUUUUCGAUACUACUACUAUCUAUGGAAUAUGUACAACACAAGACGUGGAUUUGUUUUUGAAGCACAUGAAUAAUGCCAGAUACCUUCGUGAACUGGACUUUGCACGUUUCCAUUAUUACGAUCGCACUGGAAUUUACGCAGCCAUUGCAAAAAGAGGUGGAGGUGCAGUGCAAGGAGCUUCGUCGACUCGGUAUCGUCGAGCUCUUCCCAUUUUUACGCCUUAUAAAGUUACCACGAAGCUAAUAUAUUGGGAAGAUAAGCACUUCUAUCUGGAACACGAGUUCAUUAGUUUGACGGAUAACUUCGUACGUGCAGUUGUUCUUAGCAGACAAACUAUCACAGGUUUGAAGAUUCCAGUUACAGAAAUAAUCACUGAAAUCGAACCAAACGCGCAACGGCCCGCGUUGACCAAGGAUUUAGAAUUAUGGCUCAGUUCUAUGGAAGAGUCUUCUCAGAGAUAUAAGAAGGAUAAUUGAAGACGACCUUCUUCGUUUUACACCCUUGUUGCUCAAUGUGUACUUUCUGCGUUUUUUAUGUUAUUUUGAAUUAAGGUGUUUUGAAUAAACAAAUUUCUCUGUUAA